UCCACGGAUCUACACACUUUUUUAUUCAUUUAGCUCCUUCUAGACUUUUACCAGGAGUACUUACUAGAGCCAAACCUCUGGCUGUCCUCCACAAUCCCAUGGCGUCUCCUUCUUCUUCAGAUGCAGGCGAAUCCGAAUUGUGUCACCUCUUUUGCGCUGCUUCCCUUGGAGACUUCCCUCUCUUCAAGAAGCGGGUCACCGUGCUUCAGAAACUAGGGCUGAAAAUUGAGAAUAUAAAAGACGAGGAUGGUCAAAAUGCUUUACAUGUUGCGGCAGCGGCAGGUGCGACUCAGAUCUGUAGGUAUCUUGUUAAGGAAGUAAAGCUCGACAUUGAUUCCAAGGAUGGGGAUGGCAAUACUCCUUUGCAUGCUGCAAUUUUAGGGGAGCAUUUUGCAACUGCCAUUUAUCUUCUUGAGAAUGGUGCAAAUCCGAAUGCUGCUAGUAACUUGCUGCGGACGUCUUUGCAUUAUGCUGCCGAAAAAGUUGUUACAGGACCUAAGAAACUUCUAAAGCUCUUAAUAACAAAAGGGGCUGAAGUCAAUGCAGUGGCGGAUGUAGGGACGCCAUUGGUACAAGCAGCAUUCAGGGGCAACAAAGAUUUUGUUAAGAUUCUGCUGGACAACAAAGCUGAGGUAAAUGUGAUUUCAUAUCAAUUGACGACCCCAUUGUUGUCUUCUAUCCUCACUUCAUCAAUUGAAUGUGUUAAGCUGCUGCUUAAGAGAGAGUAUAAGUUGAAUGAGUAUUAUCUAAUGGCAAAAUUGAAGGGAGAAGAGGCUUUCAACCGGAAGGAUUAUCAUGGUGCCAUCAAAUGGUACACUGAGGCAUAUCAUUGCAAACAAACAGACGCAGCUAUGUGCUCCAACAAAAGCUUGUGUUGGACCCGCUUAAAUGAAGGAGGGCUUGCAUUACAAGAAGCUACAGCUUGCAUUUUACUCAGGCCUGACUGGCCAAAAGCGUACCAUAGGAAGGGUGCAGCAUUGAUGUUAUUGAAAGAUUUCAAGAAAGCUGCUGAUGUCUUUUAUCAAGGUUGGAUGUUGGAUAUUAAAAGCAAGGAGCUUGAAUGUGCUUUUCGGGAAGCUAUUGAAGCCCAACGGAACAAACAAAAAUCCUCCUCCGAAAUUAUAAUAGAAUAGCUUACGUUUUCCCCCCAUUGGCACCACCCUUCUCCCCGGUACGCAGUUUAAGGGAUUUGUGUGGGCCUUAAUCAUUUUACUGUUGUUUCUGGUAGGAACUCGGACCUUGACGGUAAGCUAAGCCUUUCGCUCUAGUUUUAUGUAGCAACUAGCUAAGAAUGACUAAAUGAAGGAGAUUUUGUCUU